CGGAAGAGCUGCGGAGGGAGAACCAGCAGAUCCCUGCACCGUUUCUCCAUCAAAGCUGCGGUUGUGAACGGACCACGUCCAUCAGGAGGGAUAUUGAGCGUUCAGCCGGGUCAAAGCUACCUUUGUCGAGUGUGUGGCAUAGGCUCACUAAAGAUGUGGAGGGCAGGCGUGGGACAGAGCAUCCAAGUGGCUGUAGAUGACGGAGGGGAUGACUGGGAAACUGACCCUGAUUUUGAGAAUGAUGUGUCGGAGAAGGAGCAGCGCUGGGGGGCCAAGACGGUGGCCGGCUCAGGACAUCAGGAGCACAUAGAUAUCCACCGGCUGCGUGAGACGGUGUCAACCGAACACACCAGCUUGAAGCAGAAGGAGCUGGAGGCCAUGCCCAAGGCCUCAGAGGGAUAUGGAGGAAAAUUUGGAGUGCAGCAGGAUCGCAUGGACAAAUCGGCCGUGGGUCACGACUACCAGAGCAAGUUGUCCAAGCACUGCUCCCAGACCGACACCUCCAAGGGCUUCGGAGGGAAGUUUGGAGUGCAGGCUGACCGCGUCGAUCAGUCAGCUGUUGGGUUUGAGUAUGCCGGGAAGACGGAGAAACACGCCUCGCAGAAAGACUACUCCACUGGGUUUGGGGGUCAGUACGGCGUGCAGGCAGAUCGUGUCGACCAGAGCGCAGUGGGCUUCGAUUACCAGGGCAAAACCGAGAAACACGAGUCCCAGAAAGAUUAUGCCAAAGGCUUCGGCGGCAAGUUCGGCGUCGAGACCGACAAGGUGGACAAGAGCGCUGUGGGCUUCGAGUACCAGGGCAAAACAGAGAGGCACGAGUCGCAGAAAGACUAUGUGAAGGGCUUUGGAGGAAAGUUUGGUGUGCAGACGGACAGACAGGAUAAAUCUGCGCUGGGAUGGGACCACCAGGAGAAACUACAGCUGCACGAGUCCCAGAAAGACUAUAAGCGUGGGUUUGGAGGGCAGUAUGGGGUAGAGGUGGAGAGGCAGGACCAGUGUGCUCUGGGCUAUGAGCACAAGGAGCGCCUGGCCAAGCACGAGUCCCAGAAAGAUUAUUCUAAAGGAUUCGGAGGGAAAUUUGGUGUCCAGAAUGACCGCAUGGAUAAGAGCGCAGGCACGUUUGAUGAUGUGGAGAAGCCGACGCCAUCUUACCAGAAAACCAAACCUGUGGAGGCUGCUGGCAGCAGCACAGGAAGCAUCAAGGCUCGCUUCGAGAACAUCGCCAAGCAGAAGGAGGAGGAGGACAGGAAGAGGGCCGAGGAGGAGCGAGCGCGUCGACAGGCCAAAGAGAAGCAGGAGCAGGAGGAGGCGCGCCGCAAAAUCGAAGAGACCCCCAAAGCUCCGUCUCCUGCCCCGGCUGCUAGCCCCAGCCCCACCCCACCAGUGCAGCCUGCAGCAGCAGCUCCAGCCUACCAGAACAUCGAGGAUGUGCCCAGUGAAACUGCAGAAAACGGAGAGCAGCUGUACGAGUCGCAGCCACCGAGCAACCAAUAUGCACCGGAGGAGGAACUCUACCAAAACCCUGACGAAACCGCAGCAGCAGCAGACGGGCAGCAGUACGAGUACGGCGAGGACGUCGGGGUAACAGCUGUGGCUCUGUACGACUACCAAGCAGCGGGCGACGACGAGAUCUCCUUCGACCCCGACGACAUCAUCACCAACAUCGAGAUGAUCGACGAGGGCUGGUGGCGGGGCGUCUGCAGAGGCGCAUACGGCCUUUUUCCCGCCAAUUACGUGGAGGUCCGGCAAUGAUGACGCCAAGAUGAGACGAGCUAAGAAUCUCCCCGACCUGCAGAAAGAAAGAGGGAGACGUUUUUCAGAUCCUUUUCACACUUUUCUCUCUCUUCGCCUCAUUUUUUAACGCUUCGACACUGUGCGAGACGUCCUCAGGUCUCCUUGCCGGCUUUGUUUUGCUCCCUUUUCCAUCCCUCUCCUGCCUUUUCCAAUGUCAGACCCCCUCGUUUGUCUCCACGCAGCAGCAGAGCGACUACGACAACAUAUAGAACAAAGCUUUGGUCUGCUUUGUAGUAGUUAAAGCUGCAAAAUGCUUCUCGAGGCCCGACUUUACAAACUCCCGUCUCGCAGCCCCAAAGUCGCCUUUUGCAGCUCUAAAUACGUUUUCCAGAUACCGUAUUGGAGUUCAGCUUCACGACGUGUUGAUCAGGUAUCUUCACGUGUUGGAAAUGCAGUUCAGUCUCACCAAAGAUCAGAAAAUAACAGAAACGAGCUUGAAAUGUCUCAAGUGUGAGUCUUGGGCUCAGGUGCUCACUGUGUAGAAGCUCCACCUAAAUGUAAGCAGGAGCAGUUUAAAGUGGAUUAUCGUGUAUAUUGAUCGCUAUUUACUGUCCAGUGCAUCGAUUAUGGACCAAAAAGCUGAUGACCUCCUCUGUUUUAGGAGUUUAAAAUUCCCAACUGAAGCUGCACUUCAAGUUUCCAGCAUGGAAAACUGAGCUUUGUUUAGAGCUUCAUGUAGUACGAAUACGUUCUGCCUUCUGCAUCAGUUGCAGGAUUGAUUACAAAUGAUCAAUAAUAAUCUUUUUACCUUUUUUCUGAUGUUUAAAUCGUUGCAGAAUCACGGGGCCAAUUAACAAGAACGUUUCCUCUCUACUUCGGCAACACAAACACUUCAGCUCAUAGUAUUAUUUUUAUCAUCUGCUUCGAAUCAUGUACAGAGAGAUUCAUCGUUUAUGAUGCUUGAGAGAAAUAAUAGAUUUGAAAGCAUAUUUUUGUUCCCUGUCGCCGUGUUUUCGUGAAUGUUCGGAGGUUUAUUCGUGUCAUAAUAUGUCGAUAUGCACACGUGAGGGGACGAGCAAACAGUAUGUGUUGAUCUUUUAAAUAAGCGAGUGAUUUAUCAGCAGUAAAGACGACCUGUAGACAUAAACCAGGUGCUGUUAAGGGAAGAGGCUUUGCUGUAUUAUUCUCCAAACACUAAUUAUUUGUAGCAGACGGCAGGUUUGACAAACUGCCGUCUGUGGAUCGCAGUAGUGUAGCGUAAAACAGGAGUGUGAGUGUGUGUGAGGGCUCUCAGUUAUUCAUCUUUGGGGUUUUAUAAUAAAAAGUGACCUUUUCAAAUGUAUUAUUUUUAUCUGUACCUCUGUUUGCUUGAGUCACAUCAUUACCUGCUUGUUCUUUUUUUUUAGAUUCAAUAAAUAAACUAUGAAUAAUA